AGGUUUUAUUUAGUCGAAUUCCGACUAGGAGGUCGACAGAGACCGCUUGGUCGGUUGUGUUGCAGAAUCAGACUUCAACUGGGUUUCUGGUGUUAUUCCUUUGUAAAUACUGUUAUUUGUAUAUACUGUGAACUAUGACCCCAGUGGGCGGAAACCGAGCCCGCGGCAGCUGGGAGCAGCAGACGCAGACAGGCCAGACGCAGACAGGCCAGACACAGCACAAGCAGAGGCCUCAGGCCACUGCUGAGCAGAUCCGACUCGCGCAGAUGAUUUCGGACCACAAUGAUGCUGACUUUGAAAAGAAAGUCAAGCAGCUGAUUGACAUCACAGGCAAGGACCAGGAUGAGUCCAUGAUCGCGCUGCACGACUGCAACGGAGAUGUCAACAGAGCCAUCAAUGUGUUGCUGGAGGGUAGCCCAGAUACUGACUCUUGGGAGAUGGUGGGGAAGAAGAAAGGAGUGUCUGGUCAGAAGGAGCCUGGCCACGCCGAGACCGGAGAGGAAGGAAAGGAUAACAGGGAGAGGGGAGCAGAGAGGGACGUGGCACGUCGUAGAGGUGGGGCCCCACGCAGGGGCCGAGGGGCCAGCAGGGGACGAGAGUUCCGUGGACAGGAGAAUGGUCUGGAUGGCGGAAAGGCUGCUGGGAUAGCAGGCAGGGGCACAGAGCGAGGCCACAGGGGGAGAGGCAGAGGAAGAGGGGAAGAGCGUGAGCGAGGCAGGCGAGGGAGCAGGUUUUCAGCACAGGGCAUGGGCCAGAUUGAUAAGGGGCCCAGAUAUGAUUUUUCAGGAGAAGAGAGAACGUUCAACCCGGCAGACUACGCUGAGCCGACCCAGACAGAGGAGAGCUACGGCAGGGGAAGCACCUGGAACAACACGGGCAACCUGGAGCCAGAGGAAGGAGCCAGGAUUGAGUACACAGCGGGAGGAGACGGAACAAAUUACCAACCCAAAUUUGACUCUGUCCCUAGUCCCUGGAGGAGUGCAACAGAAGAGUGGGGUACUGAGGACUGGAAUGAGGACCUGUCAGAGACCAAGAUCUUCACAGCCUCCAGUGUGGCCUCCAUGCCACUCCCCCGGGAGAAUGUCACCAUCACUGCAGGACAGCGGAUUGACCUGGCUGUGCUGCUGGGGAAGACUCCCCCAUCCUCCUCAGAGGCAGAGGCCCUGGGCCCCAUGAAAGCCAGCCAGCCCCCCUCUCUCCCCCAGUCACUGGUUUUCAGCAACUCCAAGCAGGGUGUGCCGCUGUCACAACCCCCCUCCAGCAGCACCCCUUACAACCAGCACAGCGUGGUGAGCAUGCUAAGCAAGGGCUUCGGUGAAGUAGGGGACCCUAAAGGAGGCAGCACAGGGACGACCAGCGGCUCCCAGUUCUUGGAGCAGUUUAAGACUGCCCAGGCCUUGGCUCAGCUGGCUGCCCAGCACUCCCAAACAGGACAGCCUUCCCCCUCCUCCUGGGACACCAGCCCUGCAGCGCUGGGCCAGUAUGACAUGAACGCCCAGCUGGAGCCUGCGGCCCAUAGCCCCUUCACAAAGCGCCAGCCCUACCAAUCCACCUCCGUGUUGGAUGCCUUCCUCCCCCCUUCUGUCUCCUCCUCCCUGCCCCCACAGAGCACCCCCUCGUCCCUCAUGGCGCCCCCCGUGUCCUCCCUCCCCAAAAUGACGGUGCCCCCUGGGCAGCAGGUGUCCCCUAGCUCGCCGGAUGCCCAGGGCUCCAGCCCCCUGCCAUUGCAGCAGCACAAGCUCAAGCAGCAGAAGAAGAGGACCUCCAUCACGACCAAGAUCCCAGCGACGCCGGUGGAGAUGCCUGGCUCGGCAGACAUCUCUGGGCUCAACCUGCAGUUUGGAGUGCUGCAGUUUGGCUCUGAACCUGUACUCCAGGAGUACGACAUUAUCCCUGUCACCACCUCACCAGGCUGCCAGGUUCAGAACUGCCUCUACACAAGCCCCAGCAGUGAGGCAACUCCCUCCCUGUCCAACACCAGUCAGAUGGACAUGUAUGACCAGAGGGCUCCUCAGGCCCGACGCUACCCCACCGUCUCCUCCCCGCAGAAAGACAUUGAGAAUGGAUUCAGUUCAGUACAUACGCAAUCUGUAGAAGUCUGCCCACCUGCAGCAGGAUCUGCAGUGUCUGUGAAGUCAGCCUCUGAUUCGGCCGCACCCGUGUCAGUCUCCAUGGCUACACUGACGGACAGUGGCUCAGGGCCCGCCUCUUUGUUGACCACAUCAAAGCAAUCGUCACUCAGCGCUCUGGGGCACAAUGAAGACCUGCCCCCGAAUACCAUGUCUCAGCACAGCAAUUCCCUUUCUACACAACAGAACAGUCUUGCUCUGUCACAAGUCUGCAUAUCCAACGCCAGUCUAAUGCUCCAGAGCAUAGACAACUCCAGCUUGCACUCCUCCUUCCCCUCUGUCUCAGCGGGGUCCUCUUCUUCGGUCCCCUCUUCCUUGUCGGUGACUGCAGCAGCUCAGCAGGUCUCCAUGGGGGCCCCUCAGCCCUCUUCAGUGAACACAGUUUCUCAGUCGGUCCCCUCGGGCCUGGGCCCCGUCAGCAGCCUAGUAGCUAUGGGCCUCCACACAGCAGCCAACAUGGGACCUCCAGCCAUAGCUUCUGCAGCCAUGUCCACUCCAGCCCAAGCCCAGGCUAUCGCUUCCUCCGCCUCCUCACGCAGCUCUGCAGUCUCCUCAGGGAAAGCACCUCCAAACCUUCCGCCUGGAGUGCCUCCUCUGCUGCCCAACCCGUACAUCAUGGCCCCCGGGCUACUCCAUGCUUACCCUCCUCAGGUGUAUGGCUAUGAUGACCUACAGAUGCUCCAGACAAGAAUACCUCUGGAUUACUACAGCAUCCCGUUUGCCACCCCCAACACAGCACUGACUGGCAGAGAUGGCAGUUUGAGCAACAACCCGUACUCUGGUGACUUAUCAAAGUUUGGUCGAGGUGACGCGUCGUCCCCGGCUCCGGCCACCACGUUGGCUCAGCAGACGCAGCAGAACCAGAGUCAGACGCACCACACCACGCAGCAGCCCUUUCUCAACCCCGCACUGCCUCCCGGCUACAGCUACACCAGCCUGCCCUACUACACAGGCGUGCCGGGCCUGCCCAACACCUUUCAGUACGGCCCUGCCAUGUUCCCGGUUGCUCCUACCUCGUCGAAGCAGCAUGGCGUGAACGUUGGAGUCAACGCCUCGGCAACAGCCUUCCAGCAGGCCAGCGCCUACGGUUCCCAUGGCUACAACACUGGCUAUGAGGAUAUGGGCCAGGCUUCGGGGAGUGGGGAUUUCUGUAAGGGUGGAUAUGGCACUGCCGUGGCUGCCGCCGCUUCUGCUCAAAGCAAGCAAGCCAGCUCUGUCAGCGAGCCUGGAGUCGGAGUCUCGGUCACGUCAAGCAACACAGGGGUCCCAGACAUUUCAGGGUCUGUUUACACAAAGACACAGCAGCAGCAGUCUUUUGAGAAGCAGCAGGGCUUCCAUGCAACCACACCUGCAACUUCCUUCAGCCUGCCCUCGGCCCUGGGCAGUGGUGGUCCCAUCAACCCCCCAGCCGCGGCUGGUUACGCUCCAGCCCCCUUCAUGCACAUCCUGGCACCGCACCAGCAGCCCCUCUCUCAGAUCCUGCACCACCAUCUGCAGCAGGACGGACAGAGUGGCACUGGACAGCGCAGCCAGAAUGCUUCACUUCAACAGAAAACCCAGAUCAACAAGUCUGCAUACAACAGCUACAACUGGGGGGCCAACUAACACCUGGCCCCAUGUGUCCCAAAGUCUGACACACCGGCAGUACUCACCCCUGUCAUGGGUGUUGCUGAGCUUGAGAGGCAGUCUUGUAAGGGGGGGAUGGAGUUAAAUGGUUAUAGUAACAGACCAUUAAGAGCAGAGUAUUGAGUGUCUGGAAUUUAUAUCAUGUCCAACCCCCCCCCCCUCCCUUUCGCUCUGUUGUAUGUAACAUAGAGCUGUUUUCUAAUAUAAAUGUUUUUUUUUGUUUUUUUUACUGAUGGGAGGAACAAAGAAAAUGUUGAAGGCGGGAGACAGGCUGGUUUUAUAUUCUCACCCUCUCCCCCUUAUACUUGGGCGAAAUGUAACCUUCCCACCAUAAACCCAGACAGAUGAACUUUUUCCUUUGUUUCCCAUUGAAUUUGUACAACAUUUUAGUUUUAAGAAUGGAUUUUCUAAAUUGGCAGAGGAAUCGUGAAGUGUAUUUUUUACCGUUAUAUAUGUGUGUAUGCACAUGUGCGGAGUGUUUUUGUGUGUACACUGGUGGGCCUUGGUUGUGUACCGGUCCUCUCGUUAGUCCCAAACGCAGUGAGUUACACACUCAUACCAUGUAAAAUGAUUUCCCAUGUUUCCUAUGUUGUAAAAUAGCUUUACUCCUGAUUAAAAAUGUAACAUAUGUAGAUUGUUGCUUAUUCUGCAAGACAGCUGGAGUACAAAAUGAUGUCGUACUAGAGGCCAGGGGCACACCCUUACCUACUUAUGUGUUGAAGUUAAGUUAUUUUUCUAACCCCCCCCCCCCACCCCCACCAAUAUAUUAGGAAAACUGCAGCAAUGAUUACUGAUGGACAAAAUUGUACUAUGGUUUUGUCUGAUUUUCUUUUUGUACUGUGCGUUAAAAUAUAUUUAAAUGGCUUAACUUGUCUUGUACAUAUAUAAAAAAAAACAAGUACUGUAGUCCUUGUUUGUUCAAUGGCUUCCCCCCUCCCCUUUCAGAUCCUCACUUGUUAGUCUUUUUGUUUCAUGUUUAAAAAUUUUUUUUUUUUAUAUAUAAAUAUUAAGUAAAUAAAACAGGAAAAAUACAUUUUCAUCA